GUCCUCCCUUGUUGGGAAACAUUAGAAGUGAAGUGUACAAAAUCCCAGGGAAGAAAGAGAAGAAGCUGUUGGCAGCCUGAUCAAAGAAACAUAAAAUGCAGAGAUUAUUGAGUUCGAAACUCGCCUCAAAACUCUCCCACUCCACCUCUAACCAUUCUUCUUCUUCUUCUUCGCUCUUCAAUUCAUAUCCCUACAAAACUGUUACUUCCUUAACAAAACUACCCAAAUCCCAAUCCCAAUCCCAAUCCCACUUCCUCUCUCAUAGACCACCCUACAACCCUCAUUCAUGGAGGUCGCAGCACAAUCUCCCUCCCAAAAUUCACGCCUUUCUCUUCAGCCCACUACUCGCCAAGCGUUUCUUGCAUGCCUCCAAUACCCUUUUAAGCGCCACCAGAAGGACUCUCGCGGAUUGCAGAAUUGGUUUUCUCAGCAGCCAAUUUCCCAAACGGGGUUUUCACCUUAACCAGGAUUUUAGCUCUUAUAAGCGUUCCUGGAGGUCAUGGUUGCGUGGGCUAACACCUAAUGAUAUGGUUCUGGGCUUGAUUAUAGCUAAUGUCGCUAUUUUCCUGCUAUGGCGGGUUGCAGAUUAUAGAUUUAUGAUGAAUAAUUUCACUAUUUCAGUUGAAAAUUUUAAAAGAGGACGUCUGCACACUUUGAUAACUUCUGCUUUCAGUCAUACUGAUAUGGAGCAUAUCAUUCAUAACAUGAUUGGACUGUAUUUCUUCGGGAGUCAUCUUGGCCAUGUUUUUGGGUCUGAGUUUUUGCUGAAGUUGUAUCUAGCUGGUGCACUAGCUGGUUGUGUGUUUUACUUGAUGCAUUCUGCCUUUUUGGCAUCCUCAUCAAAGGGCCAACAACUGUGGAUGGACCCUCUAAAAGCACCAGGAUUGGGGGCAAGUGGGGCUGUCAACGCUAUACUUUUGCUUGACAUAUUCCUCUAUCCUAAAUCCACUUUGUAUUUUAACUUCUUCAUACCAGUUCCUGCCAUUUUACUGGGGAUCUAUCUAGUCGGCAAAGAUGUCUUGGGGAUGAUAGAGGGAGACACUCCAGGAUCUGCGCAUCUUGGCGGCGCUGCAGUUGCGGCUUUAGCCUGGGCACAACUUCGAAAGGGGCGUCCCUUCAGAUUUUAAUUCAAAUUCUAAAUUUAUUUAACAGCUCUGCGGAUGACUGAUUCCAAGCAUGUUUUUCCUUUUCUGGUUUUGUUAGAUCGAAUGGUGAGAAUCCUGCUUUGUAAUAUUUCUUCGGUCAAUCCUCCUAACCUAACAGGGCCAUCUUUUGUGGAUAUAUCCUGGUAAAUGACGCCUCCAUGCAAGCUUUUGCAUGAUUUAUGUGAGCUUCCAGUGCCCUUUGUAAAGUGAACUGCUCAAGGAUUACUAAACUGGAAGAACAGGCUCAAGGGAAGAAGUUAUUUUAUUAUUUACCAAACUUCUUUUUUAUUUUUAAGGGUGUUACAUUAAUGCCCCUAGAUGAUCUGUUUGAUAAUUCUCUUUGACAGUAAGUGUGUUUUUUUAAUCAGUAGAAAUUAAAUUUUCAUUAUUAAUAACAAAAUAAUAUAAAUAUAUAUAUAUUUUUUACAUAUA